AUGAGGUUGCCAAGCAACAUUUCGAAAUGCUGAAUCCUCUAUUAUCGUAGAUAAAGAAUUUUGUUUUGAAAUUAUCAAGAUGUCUGUUAAUCCAUUAUCGAAUCCGAAAGGCGUUGAACUAAAAUGCGAGUUGUGUCAACGGCCAGCGUUUAUCAAAUGCACAAAAUGUCGGGUAACAUACUAUUGCGGGAAGGAACAUCAAAUGAAUGACUGGGUAGGAAUCCAUGAAAAGAUAUGUCAAUUGCUUAUACCUCUGAGAACCCCAGUCCCAUUUGCCGGAUCAGAGGAAGAAAGACAGCACCGACAAGAACAACAAAUUAUUCGACAAAAACAAAUGAUUGAUUUAUCGAGAACAACAGGUCAAAAGCUGCUUUUUGAAGGAAAACACGUUGAAUCCAUCCCAGCCGCAAUACAAGCUCUGAGAUUUUCCAUAGCUGUACAUGGAACAGCUAGCGUAGAACUUGUACCAUCUUAUUUGAUCCUAGCCGAAGCGGCAAUAGGACUAGGCAAAUUAUCAGAAGCCGAAGACUAUUUAGCUCAAGCUGAAUGGACAGUACUUAAAACUCCUAGUUGCCCUAAUCAUUUCCGAUCUCGGUUAUAUCGAAAUUUAGGCUUACUGGCAGCUUCAAAUGGUCAAUACGAUGACGCGUUACGAAACUACGCAAAUGAUAUAUUUUAUGCUUCUCAAGAUGCCGGUCCGUCUGAUAUAGCAACUUCCGGAGGUUAUUUUCAUAUGGCUAACGUAUUUUUUAGACAAAAUCGUAUGCUUGUCGCGGAUUCUCUGUAUGACAAGGUUACCGAUAUAUGGAUGAAGCAUUUGCAGAAAUUAACGGCUCAACGAAGAGCAACACCAAUGAAAAGACAGACUAUUGGUCCAGUUUUUGAGGAAGCAGACAUUCAUUAUGACUAUUUAGACGAGGCUCAGACAGCUGAGGCAAAACAGGUUUUAAACGCCGUUUUCGACCUACGUCAGCAGCAAACGGAUGCUAAAUACGAUGAGAAGCGAAUGAAAAUUGCUUAUACGUUAUCAAUGUUGUAUUGUUUACUUUCGGAUGAAGAUAAAUGCAAACUCUUUAGUCGCACAGCGAAAACUGCAUCAGAGAAUAGGGAACAAGACAGUUUAAGUCUGGAAAUUGAUGAGUUUGAUAAAUUUUGCCAACGACCAAUGACCAUCUCCUCAUGA